AUGAUUAGUGGAGUUCAUUUGUACAAUCAACAAAAAAUAAAAGGCUUUGUCAUGCUAAACGGGCAUUCACAAGUAGAUACUAGUGGGAUCGACGAACUCGAUGGGUUCCUCGCUUUGAAUAAUUUGAAUGAAUUUGAUAUGGGCACAUACAUAAUGAAACUUCUAUCAGGUGGUUCCGAUCGCCUCUAUCAAUUGAAACCUAGUCGAGCUGCUCGUCUAUUUGAUACAAUGAAUAUGUAUCGAAAACAAGAAUUAUUUUGCGAUGUCAGUUUAUGUGUCAAAGGUCAACGAUGUUUAGCACAUAAAGUUGUUUUAGCAUCAGCAUCAUCUUAUUUUGCUUCCAUGUUUGGCCAAUCGGGUCAUAUUGAAGCACAUACAACAGAAGAUAUUGAUUUAACUGAACUAGUGCCUUGUCCUUAUGCAAUGAAUAUUAUAUUAGAUUUUCUUUAUACUUCACAAGUACAACUCAAUGAUAAAUGUGUUAUGCCAGUAUUAACAUGCUCAAUUCCAUUAUUACUUGACGAUCUAAUUGAAUUAUGUGUUGCGUAUCUUCGUGACCAAUUACAUGCAUCUAAUUGUGUUGGAUUAUUAUUAUAUGGAAAGCAAUAUGACUGCAGUUCGUUAAUUGAAGCUGCUCAACAUUAUAUUCAUGAACAUUUUGAAGAUGUCGUACGGCACGAAGAAUUUCUUUCGCUCAAUUUUCAUGAUUUAUGUUCAUUAAUCAAAGAUGAUAAACUUAAAGUUAAAUGUGAAUCUAUCAUUUAUAAUGCUGUUAUGCAAUGGGUUCGUCAUGAUCCAUUAAAUCGACGUGCUGAACUUCUAGAAAUUUUACCGUGUAUUCGUCUUGAAUUUCUUGAUCCAUCUUUUCUCAAAGGUGUUAUCAAUUGUGACGACUUUACACCACCCGAUAUGCAACGAUGUCGAGAUUAUAUAGCAAGUGCAUACGACAAUUUAACAUCACAUCGCUACUGUCAUUUGCCACCACAUCGUGCACCGAUUAAGCCACUGGUUAUCUAUUGUGCUGGUGGCUAUUUUAAUAAAUCCAUUAAUACAAUGGAAUGUUACUUUUUAGAAACACAAAAAUGGAAACGAUGUGCAGAUUUGCAAGUGUCAAGGAGUGGAGUUGGCGUUGUUUCUCUUCAUAUGCGUGUGUAUGUUAUCGGUGGAAAAUGUAAUAUAAGAAACGAAAAUCGAGAUUGUUAUGAAGUUGAACGUUAUGAUCCAUUUGUAAAUAAAUGGACAACAAUUGCUCGUAUGAUUUAUGCUCGUAAUCGUCUUGGUGUUGGCACAAUUGAUCAGUGUAUUUAUGCAGUCGGUGGUUCAUCUGGUCAACAAUUAUAUUCAAGUGUUGAACGAUAUUCAGUAUUAUCCGAUUCGGAAGUGUGGACUGAAGUUGCUUCUAUGCACACGCCACGUAUUGGAUUAGCCGUGUGUACACAUAGUAGAUUAUUAUAUGCUAUUGGAGGUUUUGAUGGACAUCGACGAUUGACUGAUGUUGAAUCCUAUAAUCCUGAUACGAAUAUAUGGAGACAUGAAAAACCACUUUUAGUUGGUCGAUCUGGCGCAGCUGCUGCUUCUCUUGCUGAAUGUAUAUAUGUUGUUGGUGGUUAUGCUUCUGAUAGCGUUGACGGACCUAUGCAACUUGAUGUUGUUGAACGUUAUAAUACAUUAACACAACAAUGGUCGCUUGUACAACCACUUAAUUGUCGUCGAUCAGCACUUAGUUGUGUUACACUUGAUAAGCAACUUUUUGCUUUAGGUGGUUAUGAUGGAAAACAUUUUUCAUCCGUUGUUGAAGUUUAUGAUCCUGAAAAAGACGAAUGGACAUUUGGAACAUCUCUAACCAAAGAACGAAGUGGACAUGGUAGUGCAUUGACAGUAGAACCAACAUUGGAAAAUGAUGAAUAA